AAGAAAACUGAUUUUGAUGUUGUAGUUAGGGGAUGAAAUGGGAGUUGAUGAGUCCUCUCUCCCAGCCUGUAAAUGCUAGAUAAGCGUGUUUUUUUAAACUCAGGGAGGGCUAGUUCCCCAAGUCUACUCUAUAAAAAGAUGAUCCAGCCCAUGAUCAAUCGCGCAGCUUUGAGGAGCGUCAUGUCGUGUUGUGAGUGCAGAGCCAGUGAGGACACAGCGCGGGGGAGCAUCCUCUACAGCAUCCUCAACAGAGGCACCGAGGAGACGCCCGCUGCGCACCAGCUCUGCUCCUGCGCCUCCAAGAGGAAACUGGUGGCGACUCGAGCUCCGCACUUAGUCUUCAAAGCGGCCUCGGAGGUGCUCGUGAAAACUUUCAAGUUCGUGAAAAAUGUGCCGUGUUUUCGCGGUUUGCCGGCGGAGGAUCAGCUGCGGCUGGUGCGCAACAGCUGGGCGCCGCUGCUGGUUUUGGGCAUGGUGCAGGACUCCGUGGACUUCGACACGGUGGAGACGCAGCAGCCCAGUCUGUUGCACAGGAUUUUAACGCACAGCAAGGAGCGGCAGCAGCGCGCUCCGGCCGAGAUUCAACACCCGGGGGUGCCUGUCAGUGACGCUGAGGGGAUCAAGAUGUUUCUGGUCAGGUGUAGGGGACUGAGGAUCAGCGUCAAGGAGUACGCCUUCCUGAAGGGAGCGAUACUGUUCACCCCGGAGGUGACGGAGUUGGAGUGUCGGGACUACAUCCAGGCGCUCCACACGGAGGCAGAGCGCGCGCUUUAUGAGCACGUGAGGACGGCGUGCCGCGGCAACGUGGGCCGGUUCGGCAGGCUGCGCGCGGUCCUGAGCACGCUGCGGUCCAUGGACCCGGAGGCGGUGGCGGGACUCUUCUUCAGACCCGUGACCGGGAGGAGCAGCAUAGAUGAACAUGUGCUCGCCAUGUUUUAUGAGCGGUAGAGACAAAAUUAGGGAAGACAUUUGGGACUGGGGUUUAAUUUCAUGCCAUCAUGCAGGCUAUUUAUUUACCUGUUUAUAUUGUUCUUUUAAUUUUAAAACCUCUACUGUCAGCUUUCAUUUAUUUAUUUAUUUAUUCAUGAGGACUCUGAGGACCACUGCAGA